AACCCACUCUUUCUCUGUCUUUAUCCUCGCCAUUUGCUGUGUGCCUGCAAGCAAAUCCUUUUUCUCUCCUUUAGGUUCUCUCUGAGUUUUCAUGCUUCAUCUCAUCCUACAGUGUGCAGCACCCAAACUCCAUCUCUAUAAAUCCAGGGUCAGCACAGCCGGCUCUGUCAGUCUGCUUCUGUUUCCACUGUGCUUGAGUGAGCAAAGCCCUCUUCUUUCUGUCCAUCCCAGGGUUUAUCCCCUCAUCACUGAUCUCCCUUCAUCCCUCCAAUCCUCAUCUGUUCCUCACAGGAGCAGUGGAGAGAGUGAGUGACGGAGGAAUAGCCUACUGUGUGUGUGAUACCAAAAGUGAAUGAGAGGGAGAAAGUGUAGUGACAGCCAGGCUGAACUUAUGAUAACAAGCAGAGAGAGACGGCUGGAGGAAGACUGACUGAAGAUCUAUCUAAACACCUUGAGAAGAGAGACUCCUGAGUGGAUUAUCAUCUUUCCUCCCAUCUCCCUGUCUCCAUUGGUGACAGUGCCUACAAACCAUCGCCAUGGGUGAAAUGGAGCAAUUGCGAAAGGAGGCAGACAGUCUCAAAGACCAGAUCACAGCUGCACGAAAGGCGGUGCAGGACACAACUUUUCAAGAGGCGGCCGCCGGGGUCAACGUGGUGGGCCGAGUCCAGUUGAAGACCAGGAAAACACUGAGGGGUCACCUUGCCAAGAUCUACGCCAUGCACUGGGGCACUGACUCCACGCUGUGUGUCAGUGCCUCACAAGAUGGAAAACUCAUAGUGUGGGACAGCAUUACGACCAACAAGGUGAACGCCAUCCCUCUCAAGUCAUCGUGGGUGAUGACUUGCGCCUAUGCUCCUUCAGGAAACCUUGUGGCAUGUGGCGGUCUGGACAACAUGUGCUCCAUCUACAACCUGAAGGGCAAAGAUGGGAAUGUCAAGGUGAUGCGUGAGCUGGCUGCACACACAGGUUACCUGUCCUGCUGUCGUUUCGUCAGCGACUCUGAGAUCAUCACCAGCUCUGGAGACUGCACUUGCGUACUGUGGGACAUUGAAACAGGGACCCAGAAGACUAUCUUUGCUGGACAUCAGGGAGACUGCAUGUCCCUGGCCGUGUCCCCAGAUUUCAAGUUCUUCAUCUCAGGUGCGUGCGACUUCACGGCCAAGCUGUGGGACAUCAGGGAGGGUACAUGCAGACAGACCUUUGGAGGCCAUGAGAGCGACAUUAACGCAAUCGGGUUCUUUCCCAAUGGUAACGCAGUGAUAACAGGAUCAGAUGAUGCCACCUGCAAACUUUACGACCUGAGAGCCGAUCAGGAGCUCAUCACCUACCAGGACUCCGGCAUCAUGUGUGGGGUGACCUCGCUUGCCCCGUCCCUGUCUGGACGCCUGCUGCUGGCCGGCUAUGAUGACUUCAACGUCAACAUCUGGGAUGCACUGAAAGCUGAGAGAGUUGGAGUGCUCGCUGGUCAUGACAACAGAGUGAGCUGUAUCGGAGUGUCCUCAGACGGCAUGGCUUGUUGCACAGGAUCCUGGGACAGCUUCCUCAAGAUAUGGAACUGAGGCUGUUCUCCACCAGUGAGCAGAGAGAGAGCAGUAAACAUCCGUCUGAGAGAAAGUGUAGAAGAUAAAAAAGCAAUUGGGGUUUGAGGGAGGGGUGAGGGUUGAGGAGCCACGUGGGGUGAGAAGAGGGUAUUUUAAUUGUGCCAAGUCCAUUCUAAUGUUGGAGAGGGGGUUGUAAUGUGAAGAUUUUCUGCCCUCUCUGUCAGUCUCACAUUAUGGGGGAAUUUGUGGGUGGGACUAAGGGUUGUGGGGGCCUUGGAAAUGAUCAUUCCUCUCAAUAGUUUAUUAUAUUGCGGUUCAAAUCAAUAAUAUGCACAUUUAUUGUAGCUAUUCAGAGAUCACCCAAUGAGAACAGUUGCCAAAUGGAAAUGGUAGCACACUUGAUAAGAUAGAAUUGAGUAAGUUACAGCCUGUGUAGGUUCAAAGUAGCUCUGCUAAAAUGCUGUGUUUGUAUCAAAGCAUGAGUUAUGUCAUAUGAUAUAAUAUGAGCAUUUGCGUUUUUGUUUCAGACUGUUGUUUGUUCUUAGUUUUUGGUAGAAUCCCCUGCUUACAUUUUCUUUCUUUUCAUUUUCUAAUCUUAAUUAAAAUGGAGUUCUAGUUUGCAGAUGUCUACAUUAGUGUUUGAUUUGUUUUGUAUAUGUUUGAUGGACAAUAUUUACCAGGAUUGGGGGUAUCAUCAUUUAGCCUAACCCCCACACCAUCAGCCAGUAGCUAGGCCUGGAAAGGGCUUUGGGUAAACUGUUGAGCCGACAGAUGGGAUGAUAAAAUGGUUUCAUGGUUCACUAAGCACUUACAAAAAAUGAUGACCCAUUUGUCUCAGGAUGGGAGGAGCUUUUGUAUGACUGUUUUACGGAUGAUGAUGUCUGUUGUGUGCAUAUGAGCAAUAUAUCUUAAUCUUUUCCUCUGCAUGGUACACUUGAAGGACAGUUAAUGUACAUACACACACAAACACAAUGUGUAAUUUCUAAGUUCUGAUGAGAAUUUGGACUGCCUCUUCCAUCACUGGAUACGCACUGUGCAUAGUAAACAAUAAUCCUUUUCUUAAAGACUGUCAAAUAAACAUGGGAUUCAGCA